UGUAUUUUUUUCCUUGCUCUCAUUGAAAGGCAUUUCUGUGCAUUUUGUAUUUUAUUUGUAUUUCGACUAUUACUCUCCCCCAAUCCAUCGCUCAGAAUUUACACUUGCAACUAACUUUGAAUAAAAUCCUUAUCUGGUCGGGCACUCAAAGAGCGCAAAGGGCUAUUUACCAACAAAAACAAGCAUGCAAGCCCAAUUGGUCUGGCACCAACCACAGGCGAAUGUUAGCGCAGCGGCAGCCAAGGCAGAGGAGCGGUACCAGCUCACACAGCUUAAGGAGCAAUUGGCUGAAGCACUAGGCGACGACGGACCUCUUUACUGGUCAGCCCUGCGUGAUUUUGUCCAGGGCAAGCUCAAUCGGCAAGAAUUUGACUUUUACGCGUACCUAUAUUUAUCUGGCGAAAAGGCAUCACUGCACAACCAGUUUAUCUUGGCCACAAUCCACAAUGCGCAAAGCGGGGUUGCACCACCAGAGGGAGAGCGCAGCGAGGGAUUUGAGGGCAAUAAGAAGCGCAAGCUGGAGGAUGAGGCCGAGUUGGUCGGUAGCGAUGGGCGCGGGAGUCGACGCAGCAUAAAGGCGCUCUUGGAGGAUCCCAAAUGGCGCUACGUCAAGGAGCUGGUCAAAUCUUUGAAUAAGGCUGAGAGGCGAGCGAUAAAGACAUUAUUGAAAAAGCCCGAUAUUACCCCCGAAGAGGCGCAUACUGCGAUUCGGUCGAUGAAACCAGUUGUGUUACCAUUACCAGCGUCGCAGCUACCACAGUCAUACGCUAUGGAUAUUGCCAAGGGCAUUACAGCGCCGCUGGUCUACGACACAAAGUCUACGCCUGAUAUCGAGUCACUGAGCUACCGCAUGGUUGCCAUUGCUUUGGAGCAGGGGCUGCCUGGCGGCGUAACGCGCGAUUCCGGCGAACUGUUGCUGUACGCGUUGGACUGUCACUUGAAAAACGUUGUGUCCAAUAUGAUUUACAAAUCGCGAUCGAACCGCGCCCUGGGAAUUCCUGUCAGCAACGCUCGUGUUAUCACUGACAAUGAAAACUCGGCAGUUUCUUUUCCAGCCAAUGGAGCUUCACUGGACUCGCGCCCAACCACUGGUGGGCUGCGCCUGCGCGACCGCCUGUACCAGAGCAAAUCCACGCUGCAUCUCGCGGACCUUAUGUUUUCCAUGGAGAUCAACCCAAGUGUGACUGUUGAGCCGCCAUUGUGUCUCGAGCGUUGCGCUAACCUGAUGACCAACCAGAUUCUGGCCGAGGGCCAUGGCGACGACGUCGAUGAGUCGCAUUUGGAGCUUUUCCCCCCGAGCAGUGCCUCUGUAGGCCCAGCAAUGGACGCGAACGGAUCUAAUGGAACCAAUGGUUCUACUGGUGUCAAUGGCUCAAAUGCAAAUGCUAUUGAGGAGUACGAAGAUGACGAGCAUAAGCACCGGCGCAAGGUACGCCGCUUGCGCGCGCGCUACGAGCGCUGGUUUGGGCCUUAUGUCACUGUGCAGUAUGGUGGUGGCGGCGGCGGAAGCAAUGGACCGCAGAACGACACGUAGGAAACGUCUUGUAAAGUUGAAUACAAUACAAAUACAAGUUGUAUUUUUAUUUGUUGCAUUUUUCCUGUUAAAAAA